AUGGCAGAGGAAGAGAUGGGGUUUUCUGCCAACAUGGAUCUCAUGUAUCGAGAACCAUCGGUUAGUUCAGUGCCUCGUGAUGUCCAGACUGUGUAUCUUGUCAUCAGCCUACUGGUGGCAGUAGGAUGCGGCUUACUGCUCAUCUUCUUGGUUUGGAAGAAAGAGUAUCUCCAAAAACCCCGCCACUACCUACGGUGUAAUCUGGCAGUAGACGACAUCAUCUUCGUUAGCUGCUUGAUUCCGUUGGAGAUCUGUUUGCUGUUCAGUCAGGACAGCAGUAAGGAUCAUCUCUUCUGUUGGGUACAGCUGCUGAUAGCCUACCCCACGACAGCAUCAAUGUUUGGUACGUACCUUCUGAUGGCGCUAGAACUGUACUACUUCAUAUGCAAACCGUUGCACUACCGAGCUAAAGUCACCACGAAACGUGUCGUCAUCGGUGUGCUUUUCACCAGGGCCUUUGCUUUGUUCUUCGGAGUUGGGUCCGAACUUCUCAAACUACUUAAUAACACAGGAGACACUCUACGUUGUACUCCUGAGCCCAUGGGUAGCACCACUGCAGCGGCAAUCUUCUUGGGAAUUCUUCAAGCUGGGAUAGUGAUUGCCGUCAUCGUUGUCUUCGUACUGUAUUAUCUUGUCUUUAAAGAAGCCAGGAAGCAACAGCAGAGAGAUGAACAUUGCAAACUGUGGCUUUACAAGACCAAGGCAUUCAAUGUGAUGGCACCCCAUGUCUGUGUUGUAGCUGUGUCUGUGGCAUCUCUUUUAGUUAUGAUUAUCUGCGUUCGCGCAUUCUUAACAAGAAACGAAAAGGCAUCAGACCAACUCAUCAUGACUGUGAGGGUAUCCAAGCUGCUGUACCUGACCGUGUCGUCCAUGGUAAACCCCAUCGUGUACAGCUUCAGGCAGCCAGAGUUCCGAAGAGCUCUGAGGGAGCUGUUUUGCCGGCCUGCCAUCCAAGCGCCAUUGAACCUCUCUCCUCCCCCCGUACAGAGAAGACGCAACGUGCAGUUGGACAUCUUCAGUGCCUCCGACACUGGUCAAUGGACAUCAGACCAAGAAUCCACCUCAACACCCCCACCUCCAGUCACAGAGGGUCUAUAUGGAGGAGAGACAGCUCCCAGUCCUGAGACACAGAUCGGACAGGCAGAUACCCAUAGCCACCAUGCACAGCCUCCCAAUUGUCACAGAUGUACGCCGUAA